GCUGCCGAGCCGAGAGGAUCCCCCCGCCCCCGAGCAGCCCUCGCUCAGCCGCAGCCACCAGGAUGGCCGAGGUGACCACUGUCCCCAUGGAGACACGCACUGUCCCGAGUGAGUACAGCGACUACCACAACCUGUCCGAGCUGUUCUACCUCCUGAACCACACCUACACCUACUGCGAGUUCAGCCUGGACGAGAACAUCAAACGAGUGGUUCUCUUCAUCCUCUACCUGGUCAUCUUCGUGGUGGGCUUGGUGGAGAACCUCCUCGUCAUCUGGGUCAACUGGCAGACACGGGGCACCAAGAGCUUGGUCAACCUGUACAUCAUCAACAUGGCCAUCGCUGACCUGGGCGUGCUGCUCUCGCUGCCCAUCUGGAUGCUGGAGGUGAUGCUGGAUUACACCUGGCUCUGGGGCAGCUUCCUCUGCCGCUUCACCCACUACUUCUACUUCGCCAACAUGUACGCCAGCAUCUUCUUCCUCACCUGCCUGAGCGUGGAUCGCUACGUGACCCUGACCAGCUCCUCCCUCUUCUGGCAGCGGCACCAGCACCGCACACGCCACGCUGUCUGCGCCUGCUGCUGGGUCCUGGCCGCCGCCAUCCCCGUGCUGGAGGUGGCCCACAUGCAGCUGGUCAACACCGGGGAGCCCAUCUGCAUCUUCAUGGCUCCUUUUGAGACUUACGACGAGUGGGCGCUGGCGGUCAGCUUGGCCACCACCACCAUCGGCUUCCUCGUCCCCUUCCCCAUCAUCGCGGCGUUCAACGUGCUGACGGCGCGCUUCAUCCGGCGCGCCAAGCCCGAGAGCCGCAAGCACUGCCUGCUCAUCUACGCCUACAUCGGGGUGUUCCUGCUCAGCUGGCUGCCCUUCCACGUCGUUCUGACCCUGCUCACCCUCGAGGGCAACCACAUCAUCCUGCACUGCACCUUCGCCCACCUCCUCUACUUCUUCUACGACAUCAUCGACUGCUUCACGCUGCUGCACUGCGUCGUCAACCCCAUCCUCUACAACUUCCUCAGCAAGAAUUUCCGCAGCAAACUCAUCUCUGCCGUGGUCAAGUACAUCCCCAAGGACCACGGUGGCCAGAAGGGUGCUGGAAAUUCCUCCUCCAGCACGCAGCACUCCAUAGUCAUCGCGAAGGACAACAGCCCUCCCAACUAAUGAGGGUCAGACUCUCCUGGUGGCUCCCUGGGGACAGUGGGAUUGGUUUUCCUGCUGCUGAGGACAUGAUUUGCUUGGGCACAGCCCUUCUUGGCUGGGCACCUCCGUGGCAGCUUUGAGGAGAGCUGGGAGCUAUGGACAUCUUGCCCCUGGGGUGCCGUUGUGUUCAACAUAAAGGAAGGAUAAGAGAAAAUUAUAUUCCCUGUUUGAUAAGAACAUUAUAUUCCCUUG